AAAAAAAAAUAUAUACAAAAAAAGAACAACAUCAAUGGCUUCCCAAAAACAUUCCACAAACCCCAAAGUUUUCAAGUAAAUCUGAGAAAAAAAUAUCUCAAUAACCAGAAGAGAGAGAGAGAGAGAAACAAAGAGAAGAACCACAUCAAGAGAGAGAAAAGAAAGAACCCCAAAUUUCUCAAGUGAAUCCAAGAGAGAGAAAGAGAGAGAAGGAAGAAGCUCUAUCUUUUUUCCUCAGAGAGAGCAAAAAUGGUGAACGUGAUACCAAAACACAUCAAAGAUGUUUGGGACAGAUGGAACAUAAGAGGAGCAGUCAUUCUAAGUCUUACCCUUCAAGCCAUUCUCAUUUGCUUCUCUCCUCUAAGGAAACGCACACCAAGAAGGCUCUUGAUCGUGCUCGUUUGGUCCUCUUAUCUCUUAGCAGAUUGGUCUGCUAAUUUCGCUGUUGGUCUCAUCUCCAAGAACCAAGGUAAAGAUCUCAAACCUGGUGCCCCUCCACAGGACAAAAAGCUCAUGGCUUUAUGGGCACCAUUCUUGCUCUUGCAUCUUGGUGGACCAGAUACAAUCACAGCUUUCGCGCUUGAAGAUAACGCUCUCUGGCUCCGACAUGUCUUUGGGCUUGUCUUUCAGGCAAUUGCUGGUGUCUAUGUCGUUCUCAUGUCUCUCCCCAAUAGCCUUUGGGUGAUUAUACUAUUAGUGUUCGUUUCUGGGACUAUAAAGUAUCUGGAGAGGACAACGGCUUUGUAUAGUGCCAGUUUGGACAAGUUUAGGGACUCUAUGAUUCAAGCACCAGAUCCAGGACCAAACUACGCCAAGCUCAUGGAGGAGUACAAGGCCAAGAAAGAGGCAAGACUACCCACCAAGAUCAUUCUGAUUGAUGAGCCUGACAAAGAAAAUAGGCCUAAGAAGUUAGAGCAUCCAUCACUGGCCUCGGACACAAAAAGAAAAGAUUUGACUCAUCUUGAGAUUGCUCAGUAUGCUUACAAAUUCUUCAACACAUUCAAGGGCCUUGUGGUCAACCUUAUCUUCAGCUUCAGGGAGCGCGACGAGAGCCUAGAGAUCUUUGAGAAUUUGAAUGAUUCAGAGGAAGCUUUGAGGAUCAUUGAGAUUGAGCUUGGUUUCCUUUAUGAUGCUCUAUUCACCAAGAUCGCGGUUCUUCAUACCUUUAUUGGAACUGUCUCACGCAUCCUUGCUUCUGGCACCCUGGUGGCUGCAUUCAUCCUCUUUCAUAAGAAACCCAAGAAAGACAUACAAUUUCAUGGUGCUGAUGUUGUGGUUACCUACACGCUGUUUGCAGUUGGUGUAGCUUUGGAUUUCAUAUCCAUCCUCUUGUUUCUGUUCUCCGACUGGACGUGUGCUGCACUACGUAGCUUAAAGGACAACCCCGACAAGGCUCUAUCGUCCUCGAUAGAUAAGGUUUUCAACUGGUUACUUAGUAUAAGACAGCUGCGUUGGAAGACGCAAGAAUGCCACGGGAAAGGUACGCAUAAGUGUACCGCCUGUCUUAAAAAAGAUUAUAAAAAGUGUUCAACAGUGCAGAAGCAUGAGGUGCUCUCGACGCCAUUCUUCUUCCGGAGGUGGUGUGGAAGCAUCAAUGUAUUCAACUUUUUAGCGUAUGCCACAAAAGCAGAAGUAAAUCGGAUCCACGAUGCCAGAGGUAGUUUCCGCCGCUACUCAUGGAACAUCAUAGCUUUCCCAUUCGAAAAACUCAACUUCAUCAUCCAAACACUUCGACGAUGGAUUGUCAAUUUCAUCAAUUAUGUGCACAAGUGGAUCAGCCACAAAGUCAAUGCAUUAUCAAGAAAAUCUUCUUUUGCUCGUCGUUGGAUUUACCCUAUCUACUUCAAGUUCCUAUCCCGCAUCCCUCAUUUCAUCAAAUCUGUGUGGGAUAUCCUCAGCGAGCUCUUCGACAUCUCGGAUACGCUUGAUAAGGUCCACAAGACGCUAUUUGUACACGGAGAGCCCAUGACGAAAGAAUUGUGGACGUUCAUGUUUGAAGAGCUGAGAAACAAAUCAAAGUAUGGAGACAGUCCUGAAAAUGCCAAAAGGAUAUCUUUGGCUCGGGGAGAAUGGACUUUAAGAGAGAACCUGCCAGAGGAUGCAGAACGUGAAAAACUGGUACGCUAUGUCACAAAGGUCGAUUAUGAUCAGAGUCUUUUGAUGUGGCACAUCGCAACUGAGCUCUGUUACCAACAACAUGAGAAAGAGACUAUCCCAGAGGGCUAUGAUGAACAAUGCAAGCAUUACAGUAACCGCGAGUUCAGCAAAAUCAUCUCAGACUACAUGAUGUAUCUCCUGAUCUUGCAACCCGGUCUGAUGUCCGAGGUUGCUGGAAUUGGGAAGAUCAGAUUCAGAGACACAUUGGCUGAAGCUGACAAGUUUUUCCAGAGGAGGCAUAUCGAGGACAAGAGAAGCGUGAAGAUAGCCACCAUAAAUAUUCUAGACGUCGAAACUGGAUUUGAACCAAUGGACGUGAAGGGAGAUCGAAGCAAGUCUGUGUUGUUUGACGCGAGCAAGCUAGCCAAAGACCUUGCGGAGAUGGAGAAGACGCACAAGAAAGACAAAUGGGAGAUACUGAGUAAAGUGUGGGUGGAACUUCUCUGUCAUGCAGCUUGUCAUUGCGACGCUACGGCUCACGUAGAGCAACUCAGCAGAGGAGGUGAGCUCAUAAACUUCGUGUGGCUUCUAAUGGCUCACUUUGGACUAACAGAUCAGUUCCAGAUCAACAAAGGAGAUGCCAGAGCCAAACUCAUUAUAGGAAAGUGAGAGUGAGCAAGAAACAACAUUUCCCAGUAUCUAAAAUUCAUUCUGCAUUUUUAUUCCUGUCUACUUUCUCCUCAAAACAAUGAACUUUUUUCUGCAUAAUGACAUUUGUAUGCUUUUUGUGAUGAAAAAUGAUCCGAAAUAUCCUUUCAUAUUCCAACAAAA